AUGUUGAAGGAGGUGAUAGUGGCUUACCGGCUGUUGACUGUGGGCGGCUUCACCGACUCGCCAACAGUGGUGGUGGUCCGGUAAGUCGAUGGAAGGCACGCAAUGGGAGGCCGAAUGGCCAUGUGGUGCGUUAUUGAUGUGUAUGUCAGGCGUGUGCAUGGUGGCCAUCUGGACCGCAUCAUGACUCGAUCGCCACACACGCCCCUCGACGGAUGCUCGGACGUGCUGGCAUUUGAGCUGGCCGAUGGGAUGUGUGUGCAGCUGCAUGUGCUGACGACGGCUCUCGACCCGUUCAUCGCAUACAUUAACUUUGGCAUCCUCCUAGGCGACAACCAGGAUGGUACGUACGCACAUUGACAACACAUCCUCAUGCUGCCGUGUCGUCGGAUCACUGCUCCUCUCUUGUCUGCCUGCAGUUAACGUCACCAUUCGCACCACCGAAGCGCCAGCAGCAGGUGUCCCUCAGAAUGCGCACUUCGCCCAUCGGUUCCCCCUGACGGUGGCCAAGGUGCGUCGCGUGCUCGGGCCGAUAGCAGCCAUCGUGCUUGAUGGGCAGGCGCCAUGACCGUGAAGGUGAAAGCCACAUAUCUGUGAGAGCCACAUAUCUGAUGCAGACAUGCAUCUGAUGUGUAUCCACAAGACGCCUGUGUCUUGGUCUCUGUCAUGCAGGAUGGUCGUGUCGCUCGGCUCGAAGGAUGACCCGCUUGACUGGGCGGCUGAUUAGGUGGCUGUCAGUGGGAUGGUCUGUGUGCAAGUUGGCUGCAUGUGGUGCGUCCGGCCGAAUGGAAUGGACUCAUCCGUGGACGCGUGUGUGCAGACAGACAGACAGACAGACAGACAAACAGACCUGCCUGUGCGUGUAUACUAUGGAACACACAUAUAUAUAUAUACAGCUGAAUGAAUCCGUUCUC